CCACGCGGCGGCAGCGAGCCUGGGAAGCGCCUCUGGCCCCUGCAGCGGCUGUCCCCCCCGCCCCGCACCGUAUCCCCACGUGGGGCCCCGCGGGGGCCCUCCCAGCCGCCACUCACCGUCCCCCUCGGCUCUCUCGCCCCGCGGGCUUGCCGCUGUAGCUGCCCGAGCCCCGCCUGACACGCCGCGAGCGGAGGCCGCCGGCCGGGACCGAAGCGCUGGGUGCCGAGCGGCAGAGCCGCACCCGGGCAGGGGGCGGCCCUGGUCUCCGCCCCGCCCCGGGGUCCACGCGCCCCCGCCCGGGGCUGAGGCGGCCGCCCUGAGCUCAGGCUCCUGCGCGGGCGGGUGGGCGAAGGGUCCUUCGCGGGAGGACCCGACUGUGCCAGCAACAUGGCAGCGUCCAGCCGGGCCCAGGUGCUGCGGCUGUACCGGGCCCUGCUGCGGGAGAGCCAGGGCUUCACCGCCUACGGCUACAGAACAUAUGCCAUCAGAAGGAUAAGAGAUGCCUUCAGAGAAAACAAACAUUUAAAGGAUUCAGAAGAAAUACAAACACUAGUGAAUAAAGCAAGAACAAACCUAGAGAUUAUUCAUCGGCAGGUUACCAUUGGUCAACUCUAUUCAACCCAGAAACUUGUUAUUGAGAGUCCAGAAAACAGAGAUAAUCUGAUCAUCUAGCACCGUUGGACCAUCCUCAGCAUUCUGUAGUGCUGCACAUCCAACAUAGUGUGUAUGCACCCUGCCUGAGUUUGAAAAACUUAUCUGUCUAGUAAAAGAUAAAGCUUUGGAAAUGCUCAGUUUUGGCAACCAAAACAGUCUAGAAUUUCUCUUCUCAUGGUUCAUGCACUAAAAUGUACUGCUAAGCCUACAAUAGCGUGUAAUGUAUUCCUAAUAUCCGCGUUGCUAGUAUUUCAUGUGUAAUGAGACUGUUUCUUGGCCUUAUUUGACAAUAAAAUUCCAUGAACCGAA